AUGCUCACCAAGCUUCAACCGCUGCGAGUCACUCUGCUGCAACUGACCCCCGCCACGCGCACCCACGCCCUCGCCUCCACUCCACUGUUACUUUCGUGUGCCUUACGAACCAUGGCUGCCAAACCCUCUCUCCAAGCCGCCGAGGACUUCCUCUCCUUCGUGAACGCCUCCCCCACUCCCUUCCAUGCUGUCAGAUCAGCCAAGGAACGCCUGGAGAAGGCAGGCUUUAAGCAGAUCAAGGAACGAGAUUCAUGGGCGCCGACAAUCCAGCCCGGCGGAAAGUACUACCUUACACGCAACGGCUCGUCCAUUGUCGCCUUCGCAGUUGGCAAGCAAUGGAAGGCCGGUAACCCCAUUGGCAUGAUCGGUGCGCACACUGAUUCGCCUUGCCUGCGCAUCAAGCCUGUAUCGAAGCGUCAAAACGAUGGCUUCCUCCAGGUUGCCUGCGAGACGUACGGAGGCGGCCUGUGGCACACCUGGUUCGACCGUGAUCUCAGUAUCGCGGGACGGGCUAUGGUCCGCACCAAGAGCGGCAAGAUUGAGCAGCGCCUUGUCAAGGUCGAACGCCCAAUCCUCCGAAUCCCCACCCUCGCAAUCCACCUCGACCGUCAAGAGACCUUCCAGUUCAACAAGGAGACUCAGCUCUUCCCAAUUGCUGGCUUGGUACAGGCCGAGCUCAACAGACAGGGCAAAACCGAGGAGAGCAAGGAGGACGACAAGAAGGACGGCCCGUUCGAGCCACUUGCAACCCCAUACCAGAGGCAUCACUCAUACAUUGUCGAGAUCAUUGCAGAGGAGGCAGGCGCCGACCCCAACGAUGUUCUGGACUUUGAGAUUGUGCUCUACGAUACCCAGAAGUCGGCAAUUGGUGGUCUCAAUAACGAGCUCAUCUUCUCGCCUCGGCUGGACAACCUUAUGAUGUCGUACUGCAGUGUCGAGGGCUUGAUCAAGAGUUUGUCGUCUUCUACGAGUCUCGACAAAGACUCGACGAUUCGUCUGAUUGCCCUGUUCGACCACGAGGAGAUUGGUUCGCAAACAGCUCAAGGUGCGGAUUCCAACCUGCUGCCUGCUGUUAUUCGCCGUCUGUCGGUCCUACCUGCAUCUGAGUCGAGCACUUCAGACAAGUCUUACGACAAGAUCGAGGCCGAUACAGCUACUGCUUACGAGCAGACACUGUCCACCUCUUUCCUCAUCUCAGCAGAUAUGGCUCACUCCGUGCACCCCAACUACCCAGCCAAGUAUGAGGCGCAGCACAGGCCAGAGAUGAACAAGGGCACAGUCAUCAAGAUCAACGCCAAUGCUCGUUAUGCCACAAAUUCGCCAGGUAUUGUCUUGUUGCAGGAAGCUGCCCGUCGUGCGAAGCCAGCAUCGUCAGGCCUGAGCAAAGAGGGUGUGCCGCUUCAGCUCUUCGUUGUCCGUAACGACUCGUCUUGCGGUAGUACCAUUGGCCCCAUGCUGUCAGCGGCCAUGGGCGCUCGUACGCUUGACCUGGGUAAUCCUCAGCUCAGUAUGCACAGUAUUAGGGAGACCGGUGGUGCGCACGAUGUUGAGCAUGCUGUCAACCUGUUCGACAGUUUCUUCGAGAACUUCGAGGAAUUGGAGAAGAACAUCGAAGUCGAUUGA